AUGUCAUCAAAAUACUCUAAGAAAUUAGAGAAAUAUCAAUGGAAAAAAAGACGAAUUCCAAAUAAUCCUUCUCGAACAUGCACAGUUAUUCCUAAUGAAUUUAGUAGAGAUAUACGAAAAGGGAGUACUUCAACUUCAUCAAGUACCAGAGUAAUGAAUUCGACAAGUACAAAUAAAUUAAAAUCUCAUGUUCUGCUUAGUAUUGUUGAAGGAAGAGGUCAAUCGAAUGGUGAAAUUGGCAUAGCUACAAUUGACAUAUAUAGUGCUAAUGUUGAAUUAUCUCAAUUCAGAGAUACAAGUAGCUAUAGUAGAACACUUGUGAAACUGCUGGUAUACUAUCCUGCUGAGAUACUUCUUCCUCGAUCUGGUUUGGAACCAAACAGCUGUAUGAGAAAGCUUGUAAAACUCCUUCAAUCGUUACAUAGUGGAGCAACUUUAAAUGGUGUUAACAGAAACCAUUUCAACGAUAAACAAGGUUUACAUUAUUUAAGAAGAUUAUGUCAUCCCCAGUAUAUUCCUUCGAUAUAUGCUAUUAAAGAGAAAUUCUAUGCUCUUUCAGCAUUAUCAGGAUUGUUAAAUUAUGCUGAAGAAAUCCAUGGACUUAUUUAUGCUCCAAAAUCAAUGAAAUUUUCAUUCACUGGAUCUGUUAAAUCCACUAUGAUUGAUGUCAAAAGUGCGAAACAUCUACAUCUGGUUAAAAAUAGUUAUGACUAUUCAGCAAAGGAUACAUUAUAUGCAGCACUAGAUUUCACAUGUACUGCCAGUGGUGCUCGUCUACUACGUACUAACCUGUUGGAACCUCCAUGUGAUCUGCCAACAAUUCUAAAUAGACAAGCUUCAGUUCGUGAACUUAUAUCUUCACCUGAUACCCUAUUUAAUAUACAGAAUGUUUUACGCCAAUUUCCUCACACUGACAAUCUUUUAUCAUUGUGUGUUCAAAUAUGUUCAUCAUCAAGCAUUUUCAAUCAAUACAACAAUACUGAUCAAAGUAACAAUGAGACUCCUCAGAUAAAUGAAAUAAAUCAUAACAAAAUUAACAGUAAAACAGAUCCAUUUUCAAGAGACAAAUCAGAUGAACUGUUGAUUAAUACAAAUAAAAUCUGCACACAAAUAAUCAAUAAUGAAUCCAUUUUAAUCAGUACAGUGAAAAAAAAGUCAACAGAUUCAUUAUUUGAUAAACCUAUUAAAACUUCAACUUCAAAUUCUAUGUUUCCACCAUUACAACCAACAUCUUCAUCAUUUAUAACACACAGUUCAGGAAAAAAGGCUGCUAGUAUACAGGCAGCUGAAUCACGAAUUACAAAAGUUAUAGCAAUCAAGUAUAUGUUAGAUCUUGUCAAAUUGUUACAUAAUGCAAUGGGUAAUGUUAAUUCUCCACUACUAAGAACAUAUAAAGAGCUCUUACAAGAUUCAGAAUAUGAGCAAGUACUACAAACUUUAUGCACUGUAUUGCAUAAAGAUGUACGAUUGUCUAGGGGAAUGUUAGCUAUGAGAACACAGAAGUGUUUUGCAAUCAAGGAAGGCUUAAGUGUUGUAUUGGAUGUUACGCGUAAAGCUUAUUCAGAACAACUUGAUGACAUUACAAAAGAAGUUAGCAGACUUGCUGGUUUAUAUAAUCUACCUCUACGAAUAUCCCACAAUAAAUCUCGUGGAUUUUAUAUUCAAAUACCUGAAAAUACCCUCAAAGCUUAUACAAAACCAUCUUCAUCUCAGAUAGAUUGUCAUAGUUCAUCAUCUGCCAAUGGUGUUGAUUUCUGCAAUGAAAAUAUAUUUUUAGAAGAGGAGGAUGAAGAAGCUAACCAAGAAAUUAUGCCAAUGUGUACAACUAGCGAAAAUAAUAUAAAUAAUAACACCUACAACAUGAACCUUAGAACACCUAAACAAAAUGAUCCAUUACUUCAAAAUUUACCGGAUGAUUUCAUAAAACCAGUCAUUACAAAAGGCAUUGUGCAAUGUACAACAGAUUUUCUUAUUCGUCUCAACGAACGCAUGAAAGGAUCGCUUUACGAAGUAUAUCAUAUUGCUGAUCAAAUUAUCUGUGAUUUAAUCACUCGAUUGCAUCCAGAUAUGGCAUUAUUUUAUCGUUUAUGUGAAGUGAUAGCUGGUUUAGAUUUAAUUGCUUCAUUUGCUAACAUGUCAAUCAGCUGUUCUUUGAAAAAUAAUUUUGCUUGUCCAAUAUUCAGUGAUACCCUUGGUAUUAGAAAUGGACGAAAUAUUGUAACUGAACAAGAACAGAAAUCUCCAUGUAUACCAAACCAUACAUAUGCAUCACCUGAUUCAAAUUUUCAUAUUAUAACUGGGCCACCAAUGAGUGGAAAAACAACCUACCUAAGACAAAUUGCUUAUAUACAAAUUAUAGCCCAAAUAGGUUGUUUUGUCCCUGCUGAAUUUGCUGCAAUACGUAUUGCUGAUCAAAUAUUCUUCCAUACUGGUGGACAAGAUGAUAUUGUCUUAGGUGAAUCAAGUUUUACAAACGAAUCUUUUACAAAUUUACAAGAUACAAACCCUGGUGAAGUUGAAUUCUUGAAUACAGCCAUUUGUGAAGCAUUUUUAGAGCAUAAAGCAUUCACAUUCCUGGCAACCAAUCGGUAUGAAUUAACUUCCUUAGCAUAUUUCUAUCCAAAUGUGGAAAAUUAUUAUUUCCUAGUACAUGAAGAAUUAACAAAUGGAGAUUAUGGAAAUGAUACAACUACAAUAAAUCAUACUAUAGAUGAAAAAUCAAUUAACAAUAGUAGUAAAGUUCUCAUGGAAUCUCCAUUAGUUCAUAGUUUUUCUGAUCGAAAUGAUCCAAAUAAAUCUACAGUACAUGACUGGCGAAAUGAUUAUGUAUCCAAUAAUAGACUUACUUCUAGUCAAAUCACAUUCACAUAUAAAUUAAUUAAAGGGAAAUCACCAAAAGUGAUGUUUGGUAUUAAACUUGCCAGACUCACUGCAAUCCCUCGGGAAGUAUUAGAUCGUGCUGAAGAUCUUCUUAAAGCAUAUCUUGCGGAACAGAAUGAUGGUCGGGAUGAAGAAAAUCGAAAAACGAUGCUUGAAGUGACCACAGAAACAAGAACUGAUCCUGACAAUGCACACACUCAGUUAAGAGAAGGACAAAAAGAAGCACUAAGGAAUCAGGAUUACAAAACUGAUUUGGAUGCUUCUUCUUCUUCUUCUUCUUCACCUUAUUGUUUACAUUAUAUCACUAAUAAUAAGAUAACUGGACAUUUAUCAACAACUGAUCGAUUAGAGCAUGAACUAUUCAGACAAUUACAAAUUAUAUUUAAAGCUUAUCAAAAGUUAAAUACAAUACAAUAUUUAUCUGAUUCAGAAAAAGAUCAUAUACAAAAUGAAAUGAUUAAUUAUCUUGAAUUCUUAAAAUUGCGUUACAAUACAUUAUUAAGUAAGUCAAAUAUUGUAGAAGAGUAAAAAAAAAUACAAACAGAAUUCCUACUAAAUGAUUAUGUUAUUCAGUUAUUCUUCUUCAAAUAUCAUGGGAGAAAAAGUAGUGGAUCACUUUCUUGAAGUUAUCUGUUAUAACAGUCCUCAUAGUAAAAAACAGUAAGUUUUUAUCACUUUCCUUUUGAAAAAAACCCAGUUAUUACUUUAGUUACGAUUUUCUACGCUUUGAAGUACAAACUUAAGAUGAAUUACCCACUUGUUAUGAAGUUGUAGGGGUGCAAGAUGUGUUACUAUUACGUAAAGCCUGACCAGCCCUGCUUAAUUCGAUGUGC